AUAAACAGCUCGUACUACGGCAAAGAGACGCGAGCCGUCGCGACGACGCAAACGGGGCAAUUUCACGUGCAUUAACUGCGCGAUACGUGUCGCGAUCGACGGCGUGAAGUCGCGUGCGGCGCAGGAGGACCUCGAACUUCGACCCUGGGACAGGCUUGGUGAGCAUUCGGCGGCCGUGAAGGCGUGUGAAAACUCGUGGGAAACGUCGUGGCCGUAACAGCAGCAGCAGCAGCAGACUUUCUUCGAGUCAAGUCGACGCAGAAGUCGCCGAGGAGCAUACCGCGAGAAUCGGAAAAUUUCACGGCGAAUCGCGAGACCGAUAGAACGCGCGUAGCAAACAACGCUAGAUCUCCUCGGUAAACAGAGCGCAACCGAGGUGGUGCUGGAACGGUGAAAUAACGUCGCCGAGAGAAGCGUCCUUCCCGAAGUCGGCACGUGGCUGACGACGACGCUGACGACGACCACCACAGACACAUCGGCACCUCGUCGUGACGUUCAGCGGCAGAAACGCGCGCGGGACAAAAGAGCACCGACGUGUAUCCUCCUGCCGCGAGCGCGCACAGAAGGAGAAGCUCUCGAGGUCGCGUCGCGAAAAGCCACGAUAUCAGAGAUAACGUUUCGAAACUAAUUAAUCCGCGCGACAAACAGGCAGCUCUUACGACUCGUCUGUCGCGGGACUACGACGCCGACGGUCGUAGUCGCCGGCUGCCAGUCGCGAACUACGCCAAUUCGCUAAUUACUGCUCGUCGAGGUCACCUUCGUCGGUCAUCGUCAAACACUUCCGUCCUGGAGUCUCCAUCCUCGUCAACCUCGCAAACGAGACCGGCGCUAGCUUCGUUAUAAUUCGCGCGAACGAAGCCACGUGUAGUAAUAAUAAUAAUGACAACAAUAGUAAUAAUAACAAUAUCGAAACGGUCAGAUAAAGUGUGCAUCUUUGACGAUCAGCAGCGCGCCGUGACGCUGUAGCUGAUAAGUAGGAUAAAUAAUUGUCGGAGCUGUUCUCCUCUUCGAAUUUGCAACGUCUGCAACCAGAAGAUAAGUUCGAGGCCGCGCAUCUCGCAGAUAAAUUGGGAGGCUAUCGCGACGCACGGAGCUGCGGCCGGCAAAUUGGUGGAGACCCGACUGUGUCCGCGGUGCCGAGCGCGCGAGGCUGUCUGCCGCUCCGAGACACCCAGGUGACGAUCGCUAGGUGGUAACGUUCGAAUUCGCGACGCGGCGUCACCAGCGCGCGAGACAACGUCAACGGAGGAGGAUAAAGGAAUCGCGUCUCUCUCGUUGAUCAGCACUGAGUGGCUUCAAUUGAGCGCCGACCCUCGCGAGCGGUGCCCAUUGGCCAAGCUGUUAAUUCCUUGAGGCACGAUUGGAGCGGAUCAUUCGCGGACGUUCGAGCAUUCGCGUCGAGACCUCGAGUCAUCGGACAAUCCGCAGACCAGCGUCUGGCAGAGCGAGCGCGCGCGUUUUGGUUCCCGCGUUUCUUCGCCAGGAGCUCACGUAAGCCUGGGGAAACCUCGUGGAUCUUUAGUGUUCGUGCAAAGUGAGUACUCGUCGGAGCGGACGAAAUCGACCGAGUGAUCCGAGGAGCGACAUCUUUCAGGAGCGGGAAGAUCGCGGUGAAAAGCGACGAGCGUCCUCGUCGGUCUCAAGGUCGCGAGGGAGUGUUCACCGACCGGGAAAACUGGGCAGCGCCUCUUCGGCAUCGUGGUAAACUGGAGGGCCGCGUGACGAGCAUUUCAAUCGCAUCCGACUCUCUCGGCGACUGAAUGGCCUAUAUCUAUUGGCUGCUACUCUUCGAGAGACUCUGAUAGUGUCUUCUCGCGCGAUCACGGCGGGAACAUAAAAUUGCGAGAGGCUGAGACGACCGAUAUCGCGGCCAGGGUUGAGUCCCUUCGGUCCCGCCUUUGCGAGAACCUUGCUGAUCCUUCUUAAAGGAUCUAAACCUCCCGUCGCUCUCGAGACAAUUUUGGGGAACGUGGCCGACAAAACAGGACGCACCACUGAGGUCAUCCACGACGGGCCUCGUUCUUCCCCCCCGGGGUCAGAUUAUUCUUUUGGACGGCACCAUGGAGCGAAGGAUCCUGAAAAUGUGGUGACAACGGCCAGGCGAAGGCCUCCGAUACCCAAGACACUAUCCAGUGUGUGAGCCAUAGUCGUUAGAGAGAGAUCGGGCGAUAUAGACGUCGAGCCUAAUCAGGCUAGACCCGAGCAAGGCCCGCCGAUUCGAAUCGCUCGAGUUUUCACGAUAAGCGAGAAGCCCCAUUGCGCCGAAGGGUUUUUCACAUCGCGACGUGGAUGUUCAUCACCUCCGUCUUCGGUAGAACGAGCCAGCUGAACUGCGGCAUCGCGGAAUCAGUCGUCGCGGCGUAGCCACUUGUAUUCGACUGCAGACAGAAGCGCAAGUCGAUCUCCCGCGGGGAACGGUCGCGGGAUCUUGAUAAGAUAAUCAAGGUGUCGCGCGGAUACCUGUUUACCUCGGGAAUGUCUCCGGCUCUGCGGAAUUGAUAUCCCCCUCUCUUCAAUUCUUCGUCGCGGAGACGAGGUCCCUUUCGAUUGCUUUGUACGCGAGGAAGACAGGACACCAGGGAGAAGGCAUCGCACGUUAAAACGCACGGAAAAAGGAGGAGAAGGAGGUUCUCCGCCGAAACGGCAGCAGGUCUCCGACACUAGGAACAAGAUGCGUUGCAGCCAAGGCGUGGCGAUGAUAUUCGAGGACGCGUUCGUCGUCUUUUCGCGUUUUUUGUCGCUCAAGUCGCGAGGCUGCGCACUCUUGGAAACGCACCGGCAGCGCGAGACCACCGGCAUCAAGAAACUGUACAACAGCUUCUUCGUGAUGUUCUAAGAGAGGCUGGCCAGCGCGCGUACUCGGCCCUGAACCACCGUAGGUCGGGUGAUGCACCGUACAUCUCCGGGCACAUCGAAGAUCCGGGCCGAGGGAGGGGGGGUAUCCACGUGGGCGCAACAGGACAACGCGGCCUGUCACGAGGGAGGUACUCGCGCGGGAGGAAUGAGCACUCUUCGCGGCUGGGAAGGAAUAGGGAACGAGCACAACCCCCGGGAACGAAGAUCGUCGAUCUGAGAUCAGCGCGGACUCGUCGCCCCUCGGCGUCAGGCUCGUGCUCGCGCUACGAGCUGUACCAGCCGCGAAAUUUUCUCCUACCCUCUCGACUUAGAAUUAGCGUAGGAACGUUCGGUGUAAUCGUAGCGAAACUCGUAAUCGUAACUCUCGUGAGUCGGACAAGCGCGUUCACCCUCUCGCACCCACGAGGAGCGGAGUCUGAGGAGCCGAGCGCUCGCCGGUAAAAGGAGGGUGCCCCCGUGAUCGAGGAUCUAUCCCUUUCAACCCCUUUCGUAGAUCUGAGAUCUAAGUUUGACGUAGAUAUUCGUCUUGCCUGGAAACCCGCCCCCGCCCGUUAGAGUCGUAAUUUAGACUACAGUUGAUACUCGUUAUCCCCGCCGAGAGCGAUCGGCGCGAUCGUGUGCACCCCGAGGUGGAAGGCCGUCGAAUGGAGCUCCAACUCAUCAUGGACGGCGGCGCGGAAACUCUGAACGGGACGAUGUGGUUCGGCAACACGUCGUCUCCGUCGUACGAGCAGCUAUCGCCGGUUCGCUCGAACAGAUGUGACGUCAUAGCCGGCCCUCAACAGACUACAAUGGGAUAUCACAGUCCGCAAAAUUCUCUGUGGCAAGAUAAGCAGAACUCGCCGAAGGGCUCGCCAGCCGCUGGUGAUCGGAUACACUUGAACGGUUCACCGCAGCAGCUCUCGCCUACCGAGUCCUCACCGAGCUGCGAGCAGAACAAUUUGAAACGUCGCUCCGCGGAACCGUUGCAACAUGUCGCAGAACUUGAGAAGAAACACAUCAGAAGAGACGGAUCCAUCGGGAGUAAUGGUUCCGGUCAAGGCUGGUCCACUCAGGUGGAGGAACUGGCGGAGCACUUCGCCGCUGAUUUCGAUGGAUCGUUAUCCGCUCUCGCGGCGUCCGAUCUUGCGACAGCUGUCGUCUCGUAUAAUAUGAGCGAAGCCCUCCUCGCUUUGCCAUCGUUAACAGUCUUCAAGCAGGAAGCGCCGUCGCCCGAGAACCAAACCAACAAUCCCAAUUUAAAUCACGUGUCGCAAAGGACGAUCACUAGCAGCGCAGCGCCGCCGAACAAUGGAAACGUCGGCUCCGUCGAGACUGACAGCAACAACAACGGCCAGACCGCCGCUAGUCUUCACCAACUCCUGUACUCCUCCAAUGAGGAGUACCCGCCGACUUCGUCCUCGGCCAACCACGUUUCCUCUUCCCAGCAGGGAAACGAAUUGAACGAGGAUUGCCGCUUUCAGUACGUCCUAGCUGCCGCUACCAGUAUCGCCACCAAAGUUAACGAGGAAACGCUGACGUAUUUGAACCAGGGACAAUCGUAUGAAAUCAAACUGAAGAAGUUGGGUGAUCUGUCCGCCUACCGUGGCAAGAUCUUGAAGGGACAUCCGGGCUUUCUGUUCCAGUCGACAAUACGUAUUUGCUUCCACGAGCGGCGGCUACAAUACACAGAACGGGAACAGAUGCUGGCCUGGCAACGCGCUAGACCGGGAGAGAGAUUGCUGGAGGUCGACGUUCCCCUUAGCUAUGGGAUGGUAGACGUCUGCCAACCAUCACCGUCCAACAACAGCGUGGAAUUUAUGUGGGACCCCACUAAAGAAGUCGGCGUUUACAUCAAAGUGAAUUGCAUAAGCACCGAGUUCACGCCGAAGAAGCACGGUGGCGAGAAAGGCGUGCCCUUUCGGAUUCAAGUGGAGACCCGGCUGCCGGGAGGGCCACGCUUACACGCGGCCUCGUGUCAAGUGAAAGUUUUCAAAUUGAAGGGAGCGGACCGCAAGCACAAGCAGGACCGGGAUAAGAUACUGAGACGUCCGCCUCACGAGCAAGACAAAUAUCAGCCCAGCUACGACUGCACCGUCCUUUCCGACUCUCCCUUCGUUUCUGUCGCGCAGAUCUCCUUGGAGUCCUUGUCCACGUCGGGUUUGACGGCCCAAAACGGAGGAAGCCCGUACGCUCCAACGGAUGUUGCGAUAUCGCCGCAAACACGCACAACCAUCGGCGGUAUGGUAUCAUUGGUCCCCGCUUCGGACGCCGUGAAAGAAAACGCAAGCACGGCUCCGGCCUUGCCAUCGCCCGCUGCCAUUUUGCCGGAGCAGCCUUGCAUUGAGGCCGAUGUCGGUUUAGCCACACGUAAAGCUACUUCUCCGCAGCAGCUGCUCGAGUCCAUCAAAGCGAGCACUCCGUGCCUCAGCGAGUUGCCACCGGAUGCGAACGCCACGCAGACAACCGCGUGGCUACGCGCGAGUCGCUUCAACGCGUUCGAGUCGACCUUCGCGAGCUUCUCCGCCUCGGAUAUCCUGCGCUUAUCUCGCGAAGAUCUCAUCCAGAUUUGCGGAGUGGCGGACGGCAUCCGGCUGUUCAACACGCUGCAUUCCAAGGCGCCGACACCGAAGCUCACCCUCUACUUCUCGCUGGAAGGCAACGGCUCUCUCUGGCGAGUCGCUUACUUGGACAACCUGACGAGCACCGCUCUCACAAGCAAGUUACUCAGCACUCUCAGCCUGCCACCUGACCGACUGCACUCGAUACUGUUCUUGGGUCCGCAGGGUAUACACGUGUUGGUCACCGAUGAGCUGGUAGCUAACAUGAAGGACGAAAGCAUGUACCUCGUCGAGACAAUCAAAGAUCCCGCCAGCGAGCGCUACAAAUUGCUGAUCAAGUCGAAGACGAUUUGAACGAUUAGUCUUUUUGUGUGUAUAAAAAGCUUCUUGAUUAAUGUGCAAGAGAACGUUGCGUGUAGGAUGACAGCUGAAUUGCGUAAAGCACGGAGAUGCCAUCUCCGUAUCCGACGUACGACGGAGAUGAUCGUCAUCGCGUGCAAUUGUAAACAUUUACAGGAGAGAUCGCGAUUGAUCGAACAAUUAGAAUGUGAGCGUGGUUAACGAUUCGUUAGCGUAUUUAUAGCAAAACGUUACUGAAUCUGUAAGUGUACCAAAUUGAAACGGUAUUAAGGAUCGUCGUCUCGUGUUUCGGAUGUCACGCCAUAAUUGUAACAUAAUUGAAGCAUAAUCACUCAUACCCAGGAGGAGGGAGGUUCGCCCCGAUAUCCUUUUCUUUUCUUUUAGGUACAGGCAUGUUGUUUUUUAUGUUUUAAUAAUGUAAGAUUAUUGUUACUGCGUUAUUGUAUAUUGCGCGCACAGCAACGCGCGACUACUCGAUAUUUUUGACUCCGCGGUGCAUUCGACGGGAAAAAUUCACGAAGAUGUCUAUAUUUUUUGCGAUUUUGUAGAUGUAUCUAACUAUACGCUAUUGCGUCAUAAUCAUACGCGUGUGAAACAUAUCGGUUCAGCAAUUUGCGAGAAGAAUAUACGCAUAAAUGAAGGGAAGCUUGUGUAAUCGCACAAUCGUAGUGGCCAAAUAUUAUGAGAUUAUGGACAUUUUCGGUCCGCAGCAUUUAGAAGCGGAUUCUUCGGACGAAUGCGAAGAUGUUGAGCACUCGCGAAAUUUCUAUUGUGAUUUAUAGGUCGCACACGAUUGAGUUAGAAAAUUAGAGUUAAAUCGACAAGUCAAAUUUUGAUAAGGUGUUUUAUACGGUGAUACAUACUACGAGUUAAGAGCGGAAUUCGCGAGCAAACGACGGGAUAAAGAGAUUAUGUAAAUACCGAAUACGAUUAUGUGUUGCUCAUUUAGUACAAUUUACGAAAACGUCUGCCGUUUUCGACAUACGUGCCACAUUAAAAGUAAGAAGUGUAGAACUUUAAUUGUGUAUAUAGUAGCUGUCACGAUUACUCGUUGAUUUCAUAAUUCUCGUCCGCAUUAAACGUGACUCUUUUGCUUCUGUAAGCCUUCAACAUGUUUAUGAUUUAUCGUGAGUAAGACGAAACGACGUCGUUGUUAUCGCGAGGAAUUAACAACGACGCGCUAAGUUUUAUAAUAUAAAGAAUUCCGCAAGAAAAGGAAACCUUAAGCAAUUUCGUAAGAGAAGGGAACUUGAAACGAGUACCUUAAUUAAUUAAUCACGUGCCAAUAGACCAUAUUUACGGGGUAAGUGUUUGAGCAAGAAAACAGAUAUAGUUAAAUUCCGCGAGAAAGAAAUACUUUAUCACUUUGUAGCGCGAGUACUACGAUAAGGGAGGAGUAGCAAGUAGAUUUUUUAUACUAAUACGUUUGAGAUCCCGCGACCUUAGACAUUUUGCGAGACUUAAAUCUUUUUUUAUUAUUAUUAUUUCGUAAUUACUCUAUACAAAGGUGCCAAUGCAACUUAUUACGCAUGUUAUCGUCUGUUAAUUAGUGCAUUAAGAAAUUGUAGAGGAGGAUGGUUGUUUCGUUGUAAGGGAUAUAGAGUUACUAAUGCAAUUUAGAUGACGAAAAGUAUCACGGAUAAUAAUCAAUUAGCUAACGAGCAUAAUAAUUUUUGUAUUGUUACGAAGAUUUACGCGUUUGCGGCGUAUUGGAAAUGCUCACUGCGAUUUUAUCGUGCGAUAUCGACUAAGUGACGAACUCGCAAAGUUCACGUCGUACAUGCAUACCGGUACCUCGAUGCAAAUAAAUGUAAACUAAGUAUGUUAUUUGAUAAAAUACAGUCUAUUUUUUCUGUUAUAAUUUAAAGAUUGCAGAAUACGUUGAUGCUUUGAGAGCUUAUGCUCGGUAUGUUAAUUGUUGUACACCUCGUACGAGAGUUUCCGUCGAGAUGAAAUGGCACAAUAAAUACUUCUUGAUGCCCA